GUUUUCUCGCGCCAACUCUGCCGACUCUUCCGUCUGCUGACUCCCAUCUUGCCCCCGGGCGCUAGACAGGAGGAAGCAGUGGCCUUCUACCUCAAGCCGCUGGGCUACCGCGACCCCGAGGAGACCGUGGAGGCCUUCAUCAAGGCCAACACAAAGCGAAAGAAACGAAAAGUCCACCGUGUUGUCGUGUGCUGCAGUGGAAGAGUAUUAGCUCAUUACAAGUGUGAUGAUUACUGCGCUCCGCGUUCACAACUGUCUGCUCAGAUUAAUUAG